UUUCGAAAAGGGUGGUGAAUAUAAACGAAAAUGAUUAUCAAAACAGAACGAGAAAAUAAAAACAUUGAGAUUGGUAGUUGCUUCUCGCUAAAUAGAUUCUAAAUUAAAACACUCUCGGGAUGAGCUUCGAGGAAAAGCGAAAGGCGCUUUUCGCCAGUUUGGAGUCGGCGGAGAAAAGUAUCGGGUCCGACUCUAUUUUGCAUCAGGAGGAAAUAAUUGACUAUAGUCGAAAUCGUCGAAGAACCGAGAGUGAAGACUCGGACAGAAAUGAUUCCCGCGAGUCACCGAAGAAACCACUGCGCAAAUUUCGAGGCCGCGAAAGUAUUUUCAAACGGCCAGCGGCACCGAUCGCCAAAUGCUUGCCCAUGUCACGUCUGCCGGAUUUUCAACGGAACCCUCACCGAUGGACCAAGCAUUCACUGGAAGACGUCGAUAUCAGCGAUCGGAGCAACACAGCAGCGGCAUUUUCGUUUUUGCGUGAAAUAGAGGCACGCAAGCAGGAUGAAGAGGCGAAGAACGAACAGGAUGACUCUGCUGGAGGCGCAGUACAAUUCCGAGGAAGGAUCAAAUUCAAUCGUUCGAUAAAGCUAAAGUCGAAGUUGGAGGGUGAGAACGAAGCGGAGCCAGGAGAGGAAGAUAAGCCCGUGGUUAAAGGUGCGAAGGUACUCAUGCCAGAGUAUGUCAUUGGUCAAAAGGUUAAGAAAGUUAAAACCGUGAGGGAUAAAACUGCACCACAUAGCAAACCAGAACGAACGAUGGAAAUGAAGCUUGGCCAUUUGAAUGAAGACGAUGAGCAAGAUAAUGAAGAUGAUGAGAUGAUAAACUGAAGAGCAUUUUUCAAAUUAAUUUAGUUGAUAUGAUCUUAAGUUUAUAAAACGAUGGAAAUUUCGUACCACAAAAGGAGGUACACUAGUUUUUAUAUCGAACCACUUUUUUUUGCGGGAAAAUUUGGAUUUGUUCGUAACAAGAUUUUCCUGUGCUAAAUUUUUGAGCAAAUUUCACAUCCUCGUUUAGCUCAAAUUACUGAUAAAUUUUCUCCAUCCUACAAUAGCUUAGUUAUAGUGUUGUAGUUUUAAUGUCUAACGAAUAUAAUGAAUAUAAAAAAGUAGCUGAUGCACGUUAA